AAGCAAACUUACAUUACAUAUCCUCUGUUUUUAUCCGGUAACAUCAUCAUUCCUCAAUAUUUUAUCACCCUUGAGAACUUUUGGUUUUGAGUCGAAAAUUAGGUUGGUGUUUCUGACAACGGUGAAGUGAUGAGAAACAUGGCCGGAGGUUCUUCCAACGGAAGGUCUCUGGGGCAGACGCCGACAUGGGCUGUUGCUGUAGUUUGCUUUGUGUUGGUGUUGAUUUCCAUCAUCAUCAAACAUAUAAUCCAUCUCAUAGGAAAGGCUGUUUGCAGAAUUGCGAAUAAGCCACAGGAAUUGAUCGCAGACAUUGAGGCAGAUGAUGCUGAGAAUCACUUGGCUGUUGUUGAAUAUGUAGAUGAUAUCUAUAAGUUCUACAAAGAUUCGGAGGGAGAUGAUCGAGGAGAUGAUCGAGUACAGAAUUACAUUGAUUUACAGCCUGAAAUCAAUGCAAAGAUGAGGGCGAUCCUAGUGGACUGGUUGAUUGAAGUUCAUGGCAAAUUCGAGCUUAUGCCAGAAACCCUCUAUCUCACCAUAAACAUAGUGGAUCGAUUCCUUUCUAAAAAGGUUGUGUCCAGUAGGGAACUUCAGUUGGUUGGCAUUGGUGCAAUGCUCAUAGCAUGCAAGUAUGAAGAGAUAUGGCCUCCUGAGGUUAAUGACUUUGUUUUCAUAUCAGACAAUGCCUAUAUGAGAGAUCAGGUCCUGGUAAUGGAGAAGGCAAUCCUGAACAAGCUGGAAUGGUACUUGACUGUUCCUACCCCAUAUGUCUUCUUGGCCCGAUAUAUCAAAGCCUCAAUCCCAUCUGACAACGAGAUGGAGAAUUUGGUGUUUUUCCUUGCUGAACUCGGCCUGAUGCAGUACCAGGCCAUUGUUCUGCACCAUCCCUCCCUGUUUGCUGCUGCUGUAGUUUAUGCAGCAAGAUGCACACUUGACAAAAGACCUCUUUGGAGUGAAACUUUGAAGUUCCACACAGGCUACUCUGAAGAACAGCUGAUGGAUUGUGCAAAGGUUUUGGUUAAAUUCCACUCCACAGCUGCAGAAGGCAAGCUCAAGGCAGUGUACCGGAAAUUUUCUGGUGCAAAUCACAGUGCUGUUGCUCUCCUCUCUCCAGCCAAGAGUCUUUUGCCAAAUCAUGAAGAAUUAAACUGAAUAUGAAAGGAGAUGCUUUUGGGUGAAAUGCUCUGCUUCGGUGGUGUGUAGGAAUAGAUCAUAUUUCCUAUUAUGAUCAUUUUAUCAUCUGAAUUGUGACAGAUUGUUUCCUUAAACAUCAAUUUGCUGCUCCUUGUAAGCUGGAUACACACCAGCUGGUAUUUUGUUGUUUCUAUGUGAAAAUUAGAGUGCUGUUGGUUAUAUCUUAAAUUCCAUCAGAAACUUCCAAACUAAAAAAAUGCUUGGCAAAAAAUUGAAACAUAAAACUGAAAUAUGCAG